AUGACAAUCCUCGCCCUCAAAGAAGACCGGCCCACGCCCAAGGCCGUCUACAACUGGCGCGUCUAUGUCUGCGCCGCCACCGCCUCCUUCGCCGCCUGCAUGAUCGGCUACGACUCGGCCUUCAUCGGCACCACCCUCGCCCUGCCCUCCUUCGUCUCCGAGUUCCGCUUCGCCGAGUACUCCCCCUCGCGCCUCGCCCUCCUCAAGCAGAACAUCGUCUCCGUCUACCAGGCCGGCGCCUUCUUCGGCAGCCUCGGCGCCUACUACGCCAGCUACGCCCUCGGUCGCCGCAAGACCCUCUUCCUCUUCGCCCUCAUCUUCACCCUCGGCGCGGGGCUCAUGCUCGGCGCCAACGGCCAGCGGGGGCUCGGCCUGAUCCUUGCGGGCCGCGUGCUCGCGGGCAUCGGCGUCGGCGGGUGCUCCAACAUGACGCCCAUCUACAUCUCGGAGCUGGCGCCGCCGGCGGUCCGCGGACGGCUGGUGGGAAUCUACGAGCUCGGAUGGCAGAUUGGUGGGCUGGUCGGGUUUUGGAUCAAUUACGGGGUCAACAGGACGAUGGCGCCGAGCCACUCUCAGUGGCUCAUCCCGUUUGCGGUGCAGCUCAUCCCCUCCGGCCUGCUCCUCAUCGGCACCGUGUUCAUCCCGGAGUCGCCGCGCUGGCUGUUCUCCAAGGGCCGCCGCGACGAAGCCAUCAAGGGCUUGUGCUGGAUGAGGAACCUGGAGCCUACCGACAGAUAUAUUCGGGAGGAGAUUGGUUUCAUCGACGAGGAGCUUGAGCGCUUCAACACCGAGGUUGGCCAAGGCUUCUGGCGACCAUUCAGGGCCUUGAAGGAGAGGAGAAUCCAGUGGAGGUUCGCCAUCAGCUCGCUGCUCUUCAUUUUCCAGAAUGCCUCUGGCAUCAACGCCAUCAACUACUAUAGUCCUACCGUCUUCAAGAGCCUCGGCAUCACCGGUACCAACACCGGCUUCCUCACCACCGGCAUCUUUGGCGUGGUCAAGACUGUUCUCACCGUCAUAUGGCUCCUCUUCCUCAUCGACCGACUCGGUCGCCGCAUGCUCCUCAUGGUCGGCAGCAUCGGCGGCUCCCUCUGCAUGUUCUUCAUCGGCGGCUACAUCAAAAUCUCCGGCUCUCACUCCUCCUCCACCUCCGGCAGCCUCUCCCCCGGCGGAAUCGCGGCCAUCUUCUUCUUCUACCUCUGGACUGCCUUCUACACGCCCUCGUGGAACGGCACCCCCUGGGUGCUCUGCUCCGAGAUGUUCGACCAGACCACGCGCUCGCUCGGCCAGGCCAACGCCGCGGCUAACAACUGGCUGUGGAACUUCAUGAUCGCCCGCUUCACCGAGCAAAUGUUCAACGCCUGGGGCUACGGCGUCUACUUCUUCUUCGCCUCGCUCAUGAUCGUCUCAUGCGUCUUUGUCUUCUUCUGCAUCCCCGAGACCAAGUCGGUGCCGCUCGAGGCCAUGGAUAGGCUGUUCCGCAAGAAGCCAGUGUGGCGCGCGCACGGCUUGAUCAUGGAGGAGCUUCAUCAGCAAGAGAUUGAGUCGACGGGCGAUAGUAGCGGCAGGCCUGAAAAGGGUCACAGCGAAGAAGUUGAGUAG